AUGGACGGCCAGCUCCUGCCAGUGCUGCUGCUGCUGCUGCUCGGGGCCUCAGGCCUGUGGGGACAGGGGCCAGGGCCCGAGGGUCCCUUGGAGGAGCCCCCUGAGGAGGAGCCCCCCGAGGAGGAGCCCCCGGAGGAGGAUGGGAUCUUGGUGCUGAGCCGGCAGACCCUUGGCCGGGCCUUGCGGGAGCACCCUGCCCUGCUGGUGGAGUUCUACGCCCCAUGGUGUGGGCACUGCAAGGCACUGGCCCCUGAGUACAGCAAGGCGGCUGCCCUGCUGGCAGCAGAGUCGGCCAAAGUCAGGCUGGCCAAGGUGGACGGGCCCGCGGAGCCAGAGUUGGCCAAGGAGUUUGCGGUGACAGAGUACCCCACGCUCAAGUUCUUCCUUGACGGGAACCAUAUGCACCCGGAGGAGUACACUGGCCCCUGGGAGGCUGAGGGCAUCGCUGAGUGGCUGAGGCGGCGGGUGGGGCCCAGUGCCACGAGGCUGGAGGAUGAGGAGGGCGCCCGAGCGCUGAUAGAUGCCCGGGAUGUGGUGGUCAUUGGCUUCUUCCAGGACCUGCAGGACAAGGAUGUGGCUACCUUCCUGGCCCUGGCCCAGGAUGCCCUGGACAUGAGCUUUGGCCUCACCAACCAGCCUCAGCUCUUUGAGAAGUUCGGCCUCACCAAGGACACUGUGGUCCUCUUCAAAAAGUAUGACGAGGGGCGGGCAGACCUCCCAGUGGAUGAGGAGCUGGGCCUGGACCAAGGGGAUCUGUCACGCUUCCUCCUCACGCACAGCAUGCACCUGGUCACGGAGUUCAACAGCCAGACGUCCCGUAAGAUCUUUGCAGCCAGGAUCCUUAACCACUUGCUGCUGUUCGUCAAUCAGACGCUGGCCCCCCACCGGGAGCUGCUGGUGGGUUUCCGGGAGGCGGCUCCCGGCUUCCGCGGGCAGGUACUGUUUGUGGUGGUGGACGUGGGCGCCAGCAACGACCACGUGCUCCAGUACUUUGGCCUCAAGGCCGAGGAGGCCCCCGCCCUCCGCUUCAUCAACAUUGAGACCACCAAGAAGUACACGCCUGCGGACAGGGGGCCAGUCACCGCCGCCUCGGUUGCAGCCUUCUGCCACGCAGUCCUGGGUGGGGAGGUCAAGCCUUAUCGCUUGAGCCAGGAGGUCCCCCCCAACUGGGACCAGCGGCCAGUCAAGACGCUCGUGAGCAAGAAUUUCGAGCAGGUGGCUUUUGAUGAAACCAAGAACGUGUUUAUCAAGUUCUAUGCCCCAUGGUGCACCCACUGCAAGGAGAUGGCCCCGGCCUGGGAGGCACUGGCUGAGAAGUACAGGGACCACGAGGACAUCGUCAUCGCUGAGCUGGACGCCACGGCCAACGAGCUGGAGGCCCUCCCUGUGCACGGCUUCCCCACCCUCAAGUACUUCCCAGCGGGGCCCGGUCGGAAGGUGAUUGAAUACAAAGGCACCAGGGACCUGGAGACCUUCUCCAAGUUUCUGGACAGUGGGGGUGAGCUGCCUGCAGAGGAGCCCACGGAGGUGCCCGGAGCCCCCUUCCCGGAGAUGCCAGAAAACACCACGGAGCCCAAAGACGAGCUGUAG